AUGGGCUCCAUCCCAUUUUGCACCCUUCUUUGCUGCUGUAUUAGCAUAGUAGCAGGCAAUAUAUUUGAGUAUCAGACAGAAUCCCAACCAUUACGUCCAUGUGAACUGCAGAGGGAAAAAGCUUUUUUAGAAGGAGAAAGCUACAUUCCUCAGUGCUCAGAAGAUGGCCAGUUCAGGACUGUACAGUGCAGUAGGAAUGGUCUUUCCUGUUGGUGUGUGGAUGAGAAUGGCAUUGAGGUACCUGGUAGCAAACAGAGCGGAUAUCCUGUAUCUUGCUUAUCCUUCUGCCAGCUGCAGAAGCAGAGGAUCUUGGUGAGCCGAUACAUCAACAGCAGUAGCAUCUCCUACAUCCCUCAGUGCCUCGAUUCAGGGGCUUUUGAUGUGGUGCAAUGUGACACAGAGCUGGGUCAGUGCUGGUGUGUUGAUCCAGAAGGAAUGGAGAUUUAUGGCACCAGGCAGAAAGGAAAGCCAAGGCGGUGUCCAGGGAACUGUGAGAUCCGAGACCGCCGCAUUCUGCACGGGUUUGGGGAGAAGAGCCCACCACAGUGCUCAGCAGACGGAGAGUUUCUGCCUGUCCAGUGCAAGUUUGUCAACACAACAGACAUGAUGUUUUUUGACCUCCUUCAUAGUUACAACAAGUUCCCAGGGGCUUUCCAAACAUUCAGCUCCUUGCGGGAGACGUUCCCAGAGGUCUCUGGGUACUGUUACUGUGCGGACAGCCUGGGGAGGGAGUUGGCAGGCACUGGCCUGGAACUGCUGCUCAAUGAGGUUUACGACACAGUUUUCUCUGCGCUGGAGCCUGCCCGCACGUUCACAGAGAGCAGCUUGUACCGGAUCCUGCAGCGGCGGUUUCUGGGGGUGCAGCUCGCUACCUCUGGCAAGUUUAGAUGCCCCUCAAAGUGUGAGGCAGAGCGGUACACAGCCCUGCGCUACCAGCACGUCUAUGUGCCGUCGUGUGAUGCUGAUGGGGGCUACACGCCAGUGCAGUGUCAGCAGGGAGGACAGUGCUGGUGUGCUGACACCAAAGGACAAGAGAUCCAGGGCACAAAGAGACGAGGACAGCCCCCUGCCUGUGGUGAAGAACAAGUGUGCAUCUCUGAGAGGCGACGGGCCCUGUCGAGGAUCUUCUAUGGCCCUGCUGGCUACUUCAGUCAGCCCAAUUUGUUUUCUACACCAGAUAAGCAGUCAGAAGAAAUAUCUGGGUUCUCAAGACCCUGCCCUCCCUCCUUCAAGGAGCUGUUUCUGGACUCUGGAUUGUCAUUGCCCAUUGCAAAAAGCCCGUACGUCAGCCAGAUUCCUGAGCUAGAAACCACCCUUAGUGAAGCCAUCACGGGGAUGUUCCCAUCAAGGGAACUGGCUCAAGUGGCACUGCAGUCUACCACCAAUCCAAAGCGUUUCCAAGAAAACCUCUUUGGAGGAAGGUUCUUGAAGAAUUUGAUUCAGUUUAACUUCACAGGGGCACUUGGCACUAGUGGGAAGUACAACAUUGGCCAGUUUUUCCCAGAGGAAGAUGUGGCAGAGAGGGAUAACGGCCAAAGCCUUCCAGAAUCAGCUGAGGCGUUUUCAUUGGAGGUAUCAAAGGGGAGCUCCAUUUUGAGUAAACCUCUUGUAGGCAGCUUUGGCCGCACAGUAGUUCUACAGGACAACCAGAAUAUGAUGAAAUUCCUUUCCUCUGUUCUGGAACUGCCAGAGUUUUUCACUUUUCUUCAACAAAUGAUUUCUGUCCCCAGAAGCGUUGCUGAAGAUUUAGGUGAAGUAGUGAAACUUGCACUGGGGUCUGAAGACUGUAGCGAGGAGCCAAGGGACCUGUUUGUUCCAACAUGCACCAAGGAGGGGAGGUAUGAGGAAAUUCAGUGCUAUGCAGGAGAGUGCUGGUGUUUGGACACUUCAGGUAAGGAAAUUCCAGGCUCAAGAUCUCAAGGCAAACGUCCAAGGUGUCCCACUGAUUGUGAAAAGCAAAGGAGAAACCUGCAAAACUUGAAGCAAAGCCUGCCUGCGGGAUCGGAUCUCUUUAUUCCCUCUUGUACCGAGGAUGGAGACUUUCUUCCACUCCAGUGUUAUGGGACGAAUUGCUUCUGUGUUGAUUUGAAUGGCAAGACUAUUCCAGGAGUAAGGGGAAAAGCUGGAAAGACAAUGCAGUGCCCAAGUGCUUGCCAAGUAACAGCUGGUGAGGAGUUUCUAAAGGCUGUGAGGCUCCUGUUGUCAGAUCCCAGUGCUCUGCCUCAGCCCUACAGCGCUUACCUCCCUCAGUGUGAUGCUGAGGGUGCCUGGAGGCAAGUGCAGUGCAGUGGUCCUCCUGAGCAAGCCUUUGAGUGGUACGAUAGGUGGAUUGCAGAGAACAAUGAAGGCAAAAGCUUGCCCGUUGCUGAUCUACUGAGCAUCAUAACUGGAUAUAAAGAGGCAUCUUCCAAAGGCUUCUCAGCUUUUGUUAAAGCUUUGUAUGAGGCUGGGCACCAGAAUAUCUUCCCAGCCUUCACCACGUAUUCCUCCUUCACUGAGCUCCCACCUGAAGUGCUGGAAGGAAACUUGACCUAUGCAUCUGAGAACAUUUUACUGGAUCCAUAUAUAUUCUGGCAGCUUCUGGAUGAGCAGCUGACCUAUUACCCAGGGCCCUAUACUGAUUUCAGUGCUCCAUUAAGCCACUUUGAACUUCGUGAUUGUUGGUGUGUUGAUAGCAAAGGAGAAAUGCUGCAAGGAACAAAGGCAGAUGUGAACCAGGUCCCAGCAUGUCCUGGUGUAUGUGAAAGUGUUAAGCAAGAAGCCAUGAAAUUUAUGGAAGAGGCAGAGCAGCUCAUCCUGGCAUCAAACCGUUCCCACUUUGCUUUCGGAGAGAGCUUUCUGCUGGCAAAGGGAAUACAGCUCACAGACAGGGACCUCCUACGUUCUGUUCAACCCUACAAGUCAGAGGUGGUGGUCUCUGAGAAGCUGUUAUCGGGCAGUGACUCUGCUCUCCAGCUGGCUGCACAGUCAGUCUUGCAUUUCUACUGGAGGAAUCGCUUUAGUUCAAAAGGUUCUGCUGGGGAAGCAACUCAGCUGGGAUUUCUUCCUUACAUCCCACAGUGUGAUGGCUUGGGGAACUGGGAGCCAACGCAGUGCUAUGAGAGCACAGGUCAUUGCUGGUGUGUGGAUGAGAGAGGACGCUAUGUCAUGGAUUCCUUGGUGUCACGCUCAGCAGAACUUCCUAAAUGCCAGACAUCAUGUCAGCGCUCUCGAACCAAUGCCUUAAUUUCCAGCUGGAGACAGAGCAGUUCAAAUCUGGAUGCCCCUACAGCUGAUCUGUUUGUCCCCUACUGUCUUGAGACAGGAGAAUAUGCUGUGCUACAGAGAUCCAACAUAGAUAUUUGGUGUGUAGAUCCUGCGUCAGGAGAAGUAUUUCAGCGUGGCACCAAAGAUUUGGAUGGCAAUCCAGAGU